GGAGCGCAGGGCGCACGGUGCGGCGCUGCCUCUCCGCAGCGUCAAACAGGCUUCCUCAACACCGGGCAGGCGACAGAACAGACAGGUCGACCCACCGCCUGCAUCACAUCGCUUUGACCUGAGCAGACGACAGGAGCGAGUCCAACUAAAGAGGGGGGUGGGUGGGGGGAGCUGCCUGAUAUAAACUGGUGAGCCCACUGGGCCAUUAACAUUACUCCCUCCUUCUCCGACUGUGAGCUAGAAGCGAGUAGAGGUUCAUCUGCGGUACAGUAGCCUACAGUAUUAUUGAACGGCACUGACUGUACGAGCUAAUGGGAUUGAUGAACUGGCGUUAGUUUGUGUGCGGAUGAGAGCACACAAUGAGGAGAGCUUUUUCGGGGGGGCACGCUGCUGGUCAUGUUUGGCUGAACGAUCGUGGAGGUGAAACAUCAUGCCUGCGCCUGAGAGAUGACCAUCCUGAGCUGAGUUGCGUCCUGCGAACUGCAACAUCAAACCAUCUGCUUCAGCCUCAUGUCGUCUAGUGUGUGAGAUGGUGAGUCACGCCCUCUCUCUCUCAGAUCGUCUCAGUGAAUAGCUGGCCACACAAAGGUGAAAGGAUCGCAGCUGAGCUGGUAAAUAAAACCCUCUUCCUUCUGCACAGUGUGGGAGAAAGUGCCACAGCGGUGCUGGUGUGGCAUCCCUGUAGGCUGAUAACUGGAGUGAAAGCACUGUUGAGUGAUCAUCUUUCACUCUGAGUCACUCACCUUUCAUGCCGCGGCCCUGUAGCCGGCUCUCAGAGCUGGACCGUCAGCGGGAACGGAGGAUUCUCACGUGGAUACGAUCGGCAGAGCUGCAUGGUGUACAAGUGUAACGCAUCUGUCAUGAGACUGAAGAGGCAUACAUGAGAGAAAAGUCAUGUUAUUGUUGUUGGAUGACCUUCAUACAAGAUUGAGACGCUUCAAUUGACUUUUUCUUCAUUUUAGUUAGUGCCCUGUGGGGCUGUUUAGUGGGAGUAGGGAGAGCUGGUGUUGAUUCUUCUGCUUUAUGAGUUUUCAUCACCGGGAGAGUGUGUCUAAGUGGCAGGGGGAGCCAGCAUGGCCAAGGCUCUGCUGAAGAUACAGCGCUAUUUCCGCAGGAAACCUGUCAGAUUCUUUUCCCUCAUCCUUCUCUACCUGACCGCUGGGAGCCUCGUCUUCCUGCACUCUGGCUUUGUCGGGGACAGCGGCCCCGGAGGCCGAGGGGGCCGGGACUCGUUGGCAGUUGCAGAGAUGGGCAGCCGGACCUCAUCGUCAGGCACUCGGGGGCUUGGCAUCAUGAGUAGAGUGUUUAAGGAGACACGCAGGUCUGGCCGGAGGUAUGGCCCUCCGUGGAUGAAAAAGACUGGACAGCAGGGCCAGGAGACGGAGGGCAGGGGGGGAGACUACACCAGCAACUGGAACCGUGCACUUAAAGGACGCAAUGCCAAAGAUAUGGAUGAUGGAAGAGCAAAGUACAUUGGCUGCUACAUUGAUGACACACAGAAAAGAGCGUUGAGAGGAGUUUCCUUUUUUGACUACAAAAAAAUGACGGUAUUCCGUUGCCAGGACAACUGUGCAGAAAGAGGUUACAUGUAUGCAGGCCUGGAGUUUGGAGCUGAGUGCUACUGUGGCCACAAGAUCCAGGCGCCCAAUGCUUCAGAGAGCGAAUGUAACAUGGAUUGUAAAGGAGAGAAGAGCAACCUCUGCGGAGGAGCCAACAGACUGUCCAUCUAUAGGCUGGAACUGAGCCAGGAGUCAGCGCGCCGCUAUGGCAGUGCCAUUUUCAAGGGGUGUUUUCACAGGCCAGACAAUGUCACAUUGGCACUUCCUUUCAGCUCAGUCAUCCAAAACAUGUCUGUGGACAAGUGUGUGGACAUGUGCACUGAGAAGGAGAAAUCGCUGGCCGUGCUGGCUGGAGACCGAUGUUACUGCGGCUUCCCGACACCUCUUUUCUCCCUUCAUGAGCUGGAGGACGAGGACAUGUGUCUCCAUCGCUGCCACGCGGAAGAGUUUGAGAGCUGCGGGAACGACAACUACUUCGUGGUGUACCAAACGCAGGUUCAAGAUAACCGCUGCAUGGACCGACACUUCCUGCCCACCCGUGCUAAGCAGCUGGUGGCCCUCGCCAGUUUCCCUGGAGCUGGCAACACCUGGGCUCGCCACCUCAUAGAGCUCGCCACCGGCUUCUACACCGGCAGCUACUACUUUGAUGGCUCCCUUUACAAUAAAGGAUUUAAAGGGGAGCGUGACCAUUGGCGGAGUGGGAGAACGAUCUGCAUUAAGACACAUGAGAGCGGCAGGAAGGAGAUCGAAGCCUUUGACUCCAGCAUCAUCAUGAUUCGAAACCCCUACAAAGCCCUAAUGGCAGAAUUUAACAGGAAAUAUGGCGGUCACAUUGGGUUUGCCUCCCAGGCCCACUGGAGAGGGAAAGAGUGGCCUGAGUUUGUGAAGAACUAUGCCCCUUGGUGGGCGUCCCACACGUUGGACUGGUUGAAUUAUGGGAAGAACGUCCACGUGGUCCACUUUGAGGAACUGAAGAGGGACCUGUUCUCCCAACUCAAAGGGAUGGUCCAAUUUCUGGGUUUGAAGGUUUCUGAGGACCGCCUGCUCUGCGUUGAGGGCCAGAAAGAUGGAAACUUCAAGCGAUCUGGGCUGCGAAAACUUGAAUAUGACCCAUAUACGAGCGAAAUGCGAGCAAACAUCAAUGAACUGAUCAGAACAGUAGAUGCUGCCUUGAAGAAAAGAAACAUGUCUGGAGUUCCAGAGGAAUAUAUGCCAAGAUGAUACAUGUUCCCUUUUUUCCUCACUUAUUUGGACUGUUCUUUCAUCAGGUUCUGCACCAUGUUUUGUAGGAUUACAUGACUUAAAUAGUUUUUACAGCUAUUUUUCAGAAAAGUCAUAUAGGUCAAAGCUGUAGUGAAAAGAAAUCAGUGUCUUUACCCUCCUAUUUUCAUUUUUUAUUCAUCUUAAUUUUCUGUGCUAAACAGCAGCUUAAUGCAUGGAUAGAAGGGACAGUUUUGAAUGGGUAGGUUUGUUUUUCUCUUCAGCUGAAUGAAAAGAAUAAAAAGCACUUCUUAUCCUGCUCUAUGCACAUGCACUCUGUAGGCAUGUGCACAUGCCUUAACAAGAAGAAGGUCAAUAGCUGUGACUACAGAGAUCUGACUGUGCUGGGUGAUUUGUUGCCAGCGAAAAAACAUUUGACAUUUGAGAAGAUAUAAUACAAUACACAGUAAUAUACAGUGCUGCACAGUGUGUUGUAUGAGCUUAUAUUGCGCAAAAGAGAAAUAACAAUUAUGAGAAGACAAAACAUUGAAUUUUCCGCUGCUAUCACAGUUACAGAACAAUACUAUUUUAUACAUGAACUUCACUGAAAACCUAAAAACUUUUAACCCUUUGUUAGAGGGGAAAAUGCAAUAUGCAGGCUUUAACUACCUGAUGAUGAUACUGUGUGUUUCCAAGUUUUUGUAAGUUAUUCAACUUACUGUAUGUACGAGAAAUGAUGUUUUUAAUGAUGAAGAGGUAAAGAACUCAAUUCUCAGCUCCUCAUAUUCAAGAAGACAAAUAAUCCCUCUUGAAGGCACUGACUCAAGGAGAGAAGAGGAUUUAUCUCGACAGCAUUUAUUUAUCUCUGGUGUGCAGUGCACAUGUUGACUAAUUUGGUUGUGACUAUGUUUUCUUAACACUGGACUUGAUGCAGAAAUCCAAAAAGCACUAUGCUGUGCACAACACUUGCCCCAAAGAUCACUGAGGAAUUAGGCAUUACGCUCAUGUUAUAGACUGGAGGUUACCUUUAGAAGUAGUGAUCGUUAUAGAUUUAUUUUUAGUUAAUCAUACUGAAUGUGAAAACUGUUUUUUUUUUAUUAUUGCUUUGUUGUAAGGACAGCUAUGAACAGUUAAAGCUGGUGAUAAUUUUACUCUUCAUAAUAAAAAAAAAACCCUCUCAAAGGUGUGAAAAAUGCUCAGAUUUUAUAAGCAGCACGUCUUAUAA